AUGGGUGUCAUGGACAUAAUGGGCGUCGCCCAGACUGUCUUUGACGCGGGCUACCUCGCCGACUCGGUCAAGCCCAAGGCGCCGAAACCAAACCCCCCGCCAUUCCUUUUGAGGCACACCCUCUUCUUCCUGCCCAUCCUCGUGAUUUUGUCGUCUCUCUCGCUGCUGGCCCACUACCUCUGGCCCAAGCUUGUGCGGUUCGUCAAGGGCCGCCGUCAGCCCAUCUUCCUCGACGACGAUGACAUCCCAGACGACGAGCCAGAGCCAGAGCCGCUCCCGCCAGCUGCCUACAUGCCCACACAGGGCCUGUGGGCUGACCUUCGCGCCCACCUCUCCUCGCUUCGCGUGUACGGCACUGUCAUUAUCGCUCUCGACGUCCUGCGUACCUUGUGUCUGUGCGCACUUCUUGCUCUCAGCAUCUACGCCACCAUCCAGGCCGAGUCGCCCGAGGACUCGAAGGCUGGUGACGCCGACGGUGCCGAGAGCCUCCUGGACGCGCUCAAGAAGAAGAAGAAGAACAAGAAGAAGAACCGCAACACUGUCGGCGACUACUCGAGUCUCGAGUGGGGAGAGGCCGGCGCGUGUUUCUUUUAUCUCUACAACCUUCUCUUCUCCUGCCUUCUGCUCCGUCUGAAGCGCGACAAGUUCCGUCGCCGCCUCACUCGCCACGUCGACAUCCUCCUCCUCCUGGCCUUCUGCCUGUUUGCGUACCGCGACAUCUGGCCCAAGCUCACCUACUACCUGCGCCCGUCCGACCUCGACAAUGCCAUCACCUGGUCGCGUAUUGCCAUUCUCGGCGUGGCGAGCAUCAUCAUCCCCCUGCUCCGCCCGCGCACCUACGUCCCGGCCGACCCGCUCAACCCCACGCCGCCUGAGCUCGUCCACCCGGAGCAGACGGCCGCGCCCAUCUUUUACAUCUUUUACGAGUUCAUGACCGGUCUCGUGUGGCGCGCGUGGAAGACCACCUCGCUCCCAUAUGAGGACUUGCACCCCAUCGCAGACUAUGACCGCGCCCAGUUCCUGUACGACAAGCACAUCAACACCCUCGACCCUGUCCGUCGUCGCCAGGCCGGCAAGAAGCCCCUCCACCUCUUCUGGGGCAUUGUCCGGACGUUCCGCUACGAGCUCUUCAUUACUUGUACCAUGUGUUUCUUCUCUGCCGUCUUUGAGAUGAUCCCCACCAUCGCCAUCAACCAGAUCCUCACGUACAUCCAGACCGGCGGCGAGGGUGCGCGCAUCAAGCCCAUUGUCUGGAUCCUCUCGCUGUUCUUCAGCCCCACCAUCUCGUCCCUCGCGAUCCAGUACUAUGUCUUUGUCAUGACGCGCUGUCUCGUCCGCGCCGAGGCCCUCCUCACCCAGGUGCUCUUCGACCAUGCCCUGCGUCUCCGCAUGACCGACAAGGUUGGCGAGGAGGAGGAGGAAGACGAGAUUCCCGACGUUCCCGCUAUCCAGAUUGACGACCAUGACGUCAACGUCACCAACGACGUCGACCCCGAGGUCCAGGUCGAGGGCCAUGAGGUGCCCGCGUCUGCCGACUCGGAGACCACGGCCGCUGCCGACGCUGAUGCCAAGGAGGCUGCCGAGCCCGCCGCACCAGGCCAGGGUAUCGCCGGCAAGAUUAACGUGCUCAUGGCUCAGGACAUUGAGACUGUUAUUGAGGGCCGUGACCUUCCCCUCACCCUCGUCUACGGCCCCACGCAGCUGAUUCUCUGCAUGGUCGUCCUGUACAAGGUUCUCAGCUGGAGUGCCCUCUUCGGUGUCGCGGUCAUGCUCCUCACCUUCCCCAUCCCGGGCCUCAUCACCAAGCUCGCUACCGACCUCCAGCACAAGAAGAUGACCGCUACCGACGCCCGUGUCGACGCCGUCACCGAGGCCGUUGGCGCGCUCCGCAUCAUCAAGAUGUUUGGCUGGGAGGACCGCAUCAAGGCCCGUAUCUCGGUCAAGCGCGAAGUCGAGCUUGAUCUCACUUGGAAGCGUCGCCUCAUGAACCUGCUCAACCUCAUGGUCAACCUGUUCCUUCCCGUCCUCACCAUGGCCGCCUCUUUCGCGUCGUACACUCUUAUCCAGAAGAGGCCCCUCACCGCUGCCACGGUCUUCACCGCCAUGGUCGUGUUUGAGAUCCUCAAGAGCGUCAUGGGUCUGAUCAUUUACAUGAUCAGCGCGUACGUGACUGCUGGCGUGUCGCUGUCGCGUCUCAACCAGUUCCUCCGCGAGAGCGACAUGAUCGACGAGUACUCGCAGGGUCAGCGCGCCACCGUCUCCACUCCGGAGAAGAUUGAGGCCGAGAACAACGGUCUCGUCCGCUUCAAGGACGCCACGUUUGCGUGGGGCGAGGACACUGGCAACAAGAACAUUAUCAACUUCCGUCUCCGUGUCCCCGACGUCACGUUCGUCAAGGGCAAGGUCAACCUUAUCACGGGUCCUACGGGCAGUGGCAAGAGUACGCUCCUCAAGGCCCUCUCUGGCGAACUUCACUUUGAGCCCAAGGACGAGACCUCGUUCUUCCACCUCCCCCGUGAAGGCGGUGUCGCGUACGCCGCCCAGGAGAGCUGGGUCCUGUCCGAGACUGUCAAGGAGAACAUUAUCUUUGGCAACCCGUACGACGAGGCCCGGUACAAGCAGGUCAUCCACGACUGUGCCCUCGAGACUGACCUCACGCUCUUUGACGACGGCGACCAGACGGAAAUUGGCGAGAAGGGCGUCACCCUCAGUGGCGGCCAGAAGGCCCGCAUCACCCUUGCCAGGGCCAUCUACUCGAACAGUGCCGUCGUUCUCCUUGACGACAUCUUCUCUGCUCUUGACACGCUCACGUCGCGCUUCAUCAUUGACAACCUCUUCCGUGGCGACCUCGUCAAGGACCGUACCAUCGCGCUCGUCACUCACCACCUGCAUCUCGCUGCUCCCAUUGCCGCCUUCGUCGUCACCCUCGGCGAGGAUGGCUCCGUCGUGAGCUCGGGUUCGCUCGACUCCGCCGCCAUCUCAACCGUCAACUCGUCCGUCGACAUCCUCAAGGCUGCCGAGAACGGCACCUCGACACCCGCCGAGGCAGAGGACGGCAAGCCCGACGAGAAGGCUGCCACAAAGCUCAUCAAGGACGAGGAGAAGGCCGAGGGCCGCAUCUCGCGCCGCGCUCUGUACUCGUUCUUUGGCACGUUUGGUGGCCCCACCUACUGGUUCAUCUACUUUGCUCUACUCGUCGGUGGACAGGCCCUGGCUGCGUUCCAGACGUUCUGGCUCGGUCUCUGGGCCAAGGCGUACGAAAGGGCUUCGGACCCGGCCGACGUGUCGCCCACCUUCUGGCUCGGCCUGUACGUCGUCUGGGUCACCCUCGGCCUCGCAACCACGGCCAUCUCGGCGAUCAUCUACUACGUCGGUGCCACCAAGGCGUCGCGCGUCAUCCACCGCCAGCUCGUUGACAGGAUCUUUGGCUCGUUUAUGCGCUUCCUCGACUCGACGCCCGUGGGCCGUAUCAUCGGCCGCUUCACAAAGGACAUGAAGGCCAUUGACGGCCAGUUUACCGACACGGCCUGCGUCGUCGCGGACAUGACCGUCGCGCUGGUCGUCCGCUUCCUCUCUGCAGUCGCGUUCAUUCCCCUCUUCUCCAUCCCUGCCAUCGUCAUCGGUGUCAUUGGCGGUAUCCUUGCCGAGCUCUACAUGCACGGCCAGCUCAGUGUCAAGCGCGAGAUGUCCAACGCCAAGUCACCCCUGUUCUCGCACUUUGCGUCGGCUAUCAACGGCAUCGUCUCGAUCCGCGCGUACGGCGCCGAGGAGCAGAUGAGGCUCGAGGCCCGUCGCAAGGCGGACAAGUACACUCGUGCCGCCACAGCCUUUUACAACCUCAACCGCUGGGUCACUAUCCGUAUCGACAUGCUCGGCGGCCUGUUCUCAUGCCUGCUCGCCAUGUUCCUCGUGUACGGCCAGCACCUCGACGCCUCGACCUCUGGUUUCGCUCUCACCCAAGGAAUCGCGUUCUCGGGCGCCAUCCUCUGGUGGGUCCGCAUGGUCAACGAGAUGGAGGUGCAGGGCAACUCGGUCGAGCGUAUCGAGGACUACCUCGUCAUUGACCAGGAGCCCGCAUAUGUCGACUCGAAGAAGCCCGCCGAAUCAUGGCCCGCGUCCGGCUCCAUCGUCCUCGACGCCCUCAGCGCAAAGUACUCGGCCGACGGCCCCACCGUCCUCGACUGCCUCUCGCUCAGCAUCAAGGCGGGCGAGAAGAUUGGUAUCGUCGGCCGUACCGGUAGUGGCAAGUCCACUCUGGCCCUCGCGCUCCUGCGCAUGAUCCCCACUAGUGGCAGCGUGUGGAUUGACGGCGUGCGUACCGACAAGAUCAACCUGCACGACCUCCGCACACACGUCACCAUCAUCCCCCAGGACCCCAUCCUGCUGUCGGGCACCCUCCGCUUCAACCUCGACCCAUUCUCGGAACACGACGACGCGUGGCUCAACGAAAAGCUCCAGGCUUCGGGUCUUGGCCAGGUCCGCCGUUCCGAGACCGGCACCGCCACCCCCAUGCGCAUCACGCUCGACACGCAGAUCACCGCCGGCGGCUCCAACCUGUCCCAGGGCCAGCGCCAGCUGGUCGCUCUGGCGCGCGCGCUCGUGCGCAACAGCAAGGUCCUCAUCCUCGACGAGGCCACCGCCUCGGUCGACUUUGAGACGGACGCACUCAUCCAGCAGUCGAUCAACAGCCUGCCCCCCUCGACCACCGUCCUCACCGUUGCCCACCGUCUCGCCACAGUCAUGAACUACUCCAAGAUCCUGGUCUUGGGCGCAGGCAAGGUGCUCGAGUUUGACACCCCCGACGCGCUCAAGAGCAACCCCGACAGCUACUUCUCGAAGCUCGUCCAAGCCAUGGACGGCUAG